CCGUCAGAUUGGGGUCUGGGAUGCGGGGCCUACCUGCUAAUGGAGAUGAGGGGGCGGUCUGCUUGUCUCCACUUCAGGGAAAAGGGUUCCAUCUCCUGGGUCUAGGUACGGUUUGCCCCUUUGUGGCGAGGGUACCUGGACCUGGGAUGUAGAGAAAGUUUGGGGAGUGUCUGUCUCCGUGUCAGGUGAGCGCCGAGGAUUUGUUUAUGUGUAUAUGGGGGUGGGAAUGCAUGUUUGUGUCUGCGUGCGCCUGUUGGUCUAUGUGUCAGGUUGGGUCUUAGACUCCACCUCUCUGGGAACAUCUCAGGCUCUCCGAGGUAUGGAGGCUUAUCUCCCCUCACCACUCUCCCUGAAUAAAAUAAAUACAUAAUUAUAAUAAAAGUCAAUCAAAUGGACCAACAUGGCACGGCCAUGAUGAUCCGCUUGGCAUCUUUCUUCAGGCAGUAGUUCUGAUGGCUAACGAUCCAAACGGGACAGGGGAAAAAGAUCAGCAGUUCCCUCCGGAGUCCUGAGCUAAUACAUAAAGUAUAAGUAACUGGAAAUGCUGAGUAUAUUACACAAGUACUGGAGUAGAAGUACUCACAGCUGCUGCGUCUUCAUUUAAUUAUUUAUUCAAUUUAAUAAAAGCGAAGCUGCGGCGUCGUCAGGCAGGUGGGUAUUCCCCUCACGGGCAGGGGGCGUGGUCAGAGCCCCGGGGGCGGAGUCAGCGGAUACCGCGCCAUCCUGCAGGAUAAAAGCUGGUCCCGACAGCCUACGGGAGGCUCAGCUGACCGCUCCAGGACCAGGCACGAUCACGUGACCUUCUCACCUUCAGCUUGAUUAUCUGAAAUGCUCAGAGAGUUUCUGAUGUCUUCAGACGAGAUGAUUAUGACCAACCACACAGCAGCAAACACCACCGGAGCCGAGGACUGGACGCAGGUGUACGUCGUGGUCAGUUGGAUCCAGCUCGUCAUGGCUGUGCUCAGCAUUCUGGGUUCAGGCUCCAUCAUCUGCUGCCUGAUGUUACGGGGACUCAGCCGGAAGCCCGAGCUGCAGCCUCUGAUGCUGCUCAGCGUCGCAGACCUGCUGCUCGCCGUGUGCUGGCUGAUCGGCUCCAUCCUGUUCUUUAAAGACUGCACAAGCCGGAGCACGCACUGUUACUACCUGCACAUCGUGGAACAGGUUUUCUACAUGGCCUCCUUCUUCUACACCCUCUACUACGUUUGGAACCUCUACAAAGGAAUCAAGGAGAAGUACUGCAGCUGCAAGGAUGGAUACUCUGUACAGGUUUCCAACCGAGUGAGCACGGCGGGUAAAAUCGUUGCUCUGGUUUCAUGUCUGCUUCCUGUGCUGCUGAUGCUGCCGGUAAUCAUAGAGGGGAACAUCAGCCACUGUCAGGCCAACCUUACCGAACCCUACAGGUGUCUGAUGAUGCACACCGGAGCGCUGUUCCUGAUGUCGGACGAGCAGCCGAUGAGCCGAAGCUGCCUGUACCUGCACACCUACCACAUCACCGUCUUCCUCAUCACCGUGCUCGUCACCCUCCUCAGCAUCACGGUCCUCGUGGUCAAAGCGCGCUGUAUUUACAGGCGCAUCGUGACCUCUAACGGUUACCUGGGCAGCGAGCAGCGGGCCUCGUUCAGCGUGAUGGACCGGAGGAUGGUCCUGUACCCGCUGGUCUUCGUCUUCUGCUGGGGUCCAGCGGUGAUCCUGGCGUUUCUGCGAGUGGCGGAUCCUGCGGCGUGCCAGGGCAAAGCCGGGGUGGUGCUGUACAUCCUGCAGGCGUUAACCUCGGCCUCUCAGGGCUUCUUUAACUGUCUGGUCUACGGAUGGAUUCGCGUGUACCUGCGGCGAGCCCGCAGGACGUUUUCGUCUCGAGACGCGGACACUCAGACGCCUCUGCUGCGAGCGCAGAAGAGGAGAGGCUACCAGACCCUGCAGACGCUCGCCUGAGACACACUGAGACCGAGGGCGUGUCUCUGCCAGCUGCCUCGAGAGGAGAGUCUGAACUUUCGCUUUCCUCGAGGGGGAAAACACUUUGUUUCUGCAUCAAACUUCCACCUAUGAUCCUGAACCACUGAGGCGAGAAAAAAGGGAAGAAGCAGGAGGGGGGGGGGGCUUUACACCGAGAGGAAGAGCGACGCCGAAAACAGGAUUUGAAAGAGACGCGACAUCGUCACCUGUGAGCUCCGUCGCACGGACGGGCCUCACAGGGGUUUGUUCAGGCAGGUCACAUGACCCCUGCUGGUCACCGGCGCACAGUGAAAAUGAAGACGCGUUUCUUUGGACGUUUGUAUGUUUUAUGAAAUGUGCAAAUGACAGAAAAUUAUUCCUUGUGUUUAAAAAAACAGAUUUAAUCUCUGAGACUUUUUGUAAAUAUGCUCCUUUAAUCACAUCUGAAUUUGUUUUCCUUUUAUUUCUGUUGACUGCAUUAAAAUAGAGAUUUCUACAGAACGCAGUCGUCGUUUCCUUCCUGUCAUUUGCGGCUCCAUUUCCACUCUUAGACUCCAGAUCCUUUUCCUUACUCUUCUUAGAUCAGCUCAUCUGUCUGACACCAGCUCUCUUUAGACCCUCCCUUCCCCUGUGGUGGGUCUGCGCCUCCACAGGCCCCACUGGUUUAGAAACUUAUUCUCAACAACAACACAAUCAGCGAUCGAUCGAUUUCACUUGCUAGCAAGGGAAGGCUGGUUGGAACAGGCUCUUGGAGCUCAACGCUCCUCACCCGACUCAACCCAACUUCUUCAAAGAGGAGCCUUCCUCACAGCUGCUUACUGAAAACAGUUACACAACAGUAAACACAAGCACCUCCCCUCAUAAACCCCCCCAUGGUCCUAAAAGAUAAGGCAGUGUGUGUGUGUCAUAGUUGUGCGUGUUUGUGUGACCUGCUGAUCACAGAAGGAUCAUAAAAGCAGGAAGCUUACCACACAGGAAACAGAUCUGCCUAAUAAAGCCUCCCCCAGCACCGUGGUCAGGAUCAAAGGAAUGUCUUUGAUCAUAUAGUUUAAACUAAGACUUACAAAUUUAAGAAACACAAUGACAAC